AUGCCCCACGUGUUUCGAGGACGCCUAAACUGUGUGGUGCGAGGAAUGCGGCUUAGGCUGACUAAUGGUUCCCUGAGGCCUGUGAGGAUUGCAGCUCGAAUAGAAAUGGUAUCUCCAAGGCUUGCAAGGAUUGCGGCUCGAGUAGACUUGGUGUCUUCGAGGCCCACGAGGAUGGAAUUGACGAUAUUAAUGGAAUUGACGGAUCAAGACUAG